GCGAAAGUAAACGGGCGCACAUGCAUUGAUGAAAUCCGCUUUAUUGUGCUGUUGAGACAAAUAAUUUGAAAAUACUUGGCUAAAAUUUAUUUUAAAAUUAAGAACUAAAACUGAGAAGAAAUUUGGGGAAACAUCAGUUGGGUGAUAGGCGAAAGCUCUUUUGGAGAUCUGUGUUCUGCGAACUUCAAACAAGCCCUGUUGCCAGGUGGUCACCCCUGAACGCGUCUCGCCCGACUCAAAAAUUACACCAAGGACAUAUUCAUGUUUUUAACGUUUUUCUUCUGUACCCACAAAAUCAGAAGAAACCAGUAUGGAAGAUGAAGGGCCAAUAACAAAGCUUAAUGUCUCCACCAGUAAGGAUGAGGAGGAAAUACUUAGAGCUCAUGGUUAUCAGCACAUCAAUGCUGACCUCAAUGAUGGUACUGGUAAAAACCGGGUCUUUAUUUGGUACAAGAAAGAGUGUGGCAACAGACCUGUGACCAGGAUCCAGUUUUCAUUCAAUGACGGCAUGAAAUCUGUUCUGGCUGAUGCUUGGUAUGAGCUGGUCAACAGAGACCUGAACAGAGGAGCUGGUGGAGAUGACAUCUUUCUGUGGUACUUCUGUGGCAGCACUGAACAUGACAUUCCUAUUGUGGACCUCAAGGUGAGCAAAGAUGCCAAAGAAGAACCUGCUCUUCUGCAAGAUGGCUGGGAGAGACUGGGCUGUGAUCUGAACCGUAAGGCAGGAGGAAACUUCAUCUACCUGUGGGUGAAGAGAGAGAAGCCGAGCUACAUCUGUGAGAUCACAGCAUCUGUUGACUUCUCUUGUGACAGGUAUCUGUUUGAGCAGGGCUACACUCGUGUGGAUGAAGACACCAAUCGCGGUGCUGGUGGAAAGCACGUCUUUCUCUGGUAUCGCCGCUCAACUGAUAAGAGCAAAGCUCUCACUGCUCUUAACGUAUCCACCUCCCCUCAGGAGCAGGCAAAGCUUCAGGCUUCAGGCUUCAAAAUGGUUUGUGUGGAUCUCAGUGAAGGAGCCGGUGGAAAAUAUGUCUACACAUGGUACAAGAAAGAGGGUUGUGAAUCGCAGAUUCAAGCCAUGGUUCUGCUGAUCAACCCUGAUGCCUGGAAGGAGUAUCAGAAAGCUGGUAUCAACUUUGUUGAAAAAAAUCUGAAUGAGGACAACAAGGGCUGGAAAAUGUACAUAACAUACAAGUGAAGGAUGUAUGGAUUCUUCACAGCAACGUGGUGUUUCUUCAACAGAGCAAAUGAAGUAUUCUGCGUUGGUUCAGGCAGGCCUUGUAGUCAAGCUCUGCUAUCAGCUGACUGAAAAAUUUAAAACCCAGCACCUCCGCUAUCAGCUGAUCUGAUCCCUGUGCACUCAAUUGGCAGAUCUCAAUUGGCGCCCUACUUAAACACAGAAUCAGCUAGCUUGCAUGCUGCUUGCAACCCACCUCCUCCCCAUCUCCUCCUUCAACUUCAACUGUCUUGGCUUUCAUGGAGCUCAUGAAAAGGACAGGGCAUUUCAAACAGAGCCAUAUCGUCGAAUGUAACUUUGCAAACAUGUCAAUAAAAUUGAUUUAAAGUUA